CGCAUGGAAUUCAGUUGUCGAGGACGUGAUGGAAGUCACGUACGAGGAAAUGGAUAAGAAGGCGAGACGGCGACUAUAUGAUCGAAGAAAGCAGAAUAAGAAGGUGGACGAGGUCAAGCGGUUGCGGAACAUCGUGCAGGUCUUGAUGGCCAAGGCGAGCAAGCUCAAGUACUUCAAGCAGAGUAUGCUGCCAUGGAAAGACAUUGCGAUUGAGCUGGGACGGGAAACCGCCGAGUCGUUCGAGUCCAACCGCAUGCUGCGUGGGGACCUCUUCCAGGUCGAGAACCUCGCAAUCGAUAUGGGUCGGUGGGUUGCCACGAUGACCCAGGCGCCGUCGAUUCCGCGGUCGCCCGUGGAAAAGCAACACUUUAGCUUGCGGUAUACAUCGCUGCCCAAGUCCGAGUCGGCGCGGCACCUCGGAUUCGACUGGAUCACGAAGCACCUCUUCCACAACUUGCAGCACGCAGUCGACCACUGCCACUUUCCUGCGACCCACGACCCGUACUUCUCGGUCAUGGCCGAGCCCCUUGACGAUACGCACGUGAUCUCUCACGCAGCGCAGCGCGUCGAGCCCGUGCCGUAUCAUGUGGCAGUGCAAUGCAUGCGGACGAUGAUCCUCCAGUUUCCCGGGUCGAUCGAGGAACUUGAUCCCACGAUGCCAGACAUGACAUACCUCCGGUACAAGGCGGCCGUGGGGCCCAACGAAUACUUUGAGAACACUCUCAUGCGCGAAUUCCACGAACUCGAUCGAUACACGAUCGUCGUCCACAUCAUAUCGGAGGAUGACAAGCACCCGGUCACGGGCGUCCGCCGCAAUUGGACACAAUGGGUGCGAGUGGAGCCUGUGGGCGACACGCAUGCAGUGAUUCGGCAGGGCAUGACCUGGUUUGGGUUGCGGACGCAAGACCGGUAUCUGGCACUUGAAGAAAGCACGACAUUCGGGCCGCGCCUGGCGCAGUGGAACGAUAUCGAUCAAAAACUCAAUGCGUACGCGCGAUUCUUGGAAGAACGCGUGAAGCACGAGUUGUUCGAGGAGAGGGCCGAGUUUCACCGGUUGGCGCGCGAGAUUCAAGGGCGGGGGAUCGAUCCACAUGUGCCGGCCCAACAUUAACAACAAACACGCGAGGGGCGGCCGAAUGGAACCAUGUACACGAUGACAAAGGUGUAUUUGCAAGUUGAGAGUGGGUGGUCGCCUAGAAGGAAUGGAAUACCAUCGAGAUGGG